AAUUUCUGGAUCUUUCAGCUGGACUCAGCGAGCUCGGUUGGCUUGAGCCUUGAAUUGGGAGACAAAAACAAGCGUAAGAACGAACAGAACGCUCGAGACACGAACAAACUAACAGACAAAUUGCGUACGCGAGAUCGGACAAUCAAUCUCGGAGAUCAAUUCUUCCCGACUCCGUAACAACGCCGCCACGCUCUCUCGCCUUCGCUUCGAUUUGACUCUUCCAGACGUAUCUCUCGCACGCGGGCGAUCUUCAGAGCAUAUUCUUCGUCCUUGAAUUGAUUGAUUGAUUGAUAGAUAGAUAGGAAUGGCUUCUUCGGAUCAGGAAUUGCCGGAGGGAUCGGUGAAGAACAUUCUGGAGCAAGAGUCCCUCAAGUGGGUCUUCGUAGGCGGCAAGGGCGGCGUCGGCAAGACUACCUGCAGCUCCAUCCUCUCCAUCCUUCUCGCCUCCGUCCGAUCCUCCGUCCUCAUCAUCUCCACCGACCCCGCCCACAACCUCAGCGACGCCUUUCAGCAGCGCUUCACCAAAACCCCCACUCUCGUCCACGGCUUCUCCAAUUUAUACGCCAUGGAGGUUGAUCCAACUGUGGAGAACGAGGAGGCACUUGGUUCUGAUGGGAUGGAUGGUUUUUUGUCCGAUCUGGCUAAUGCAAUUCCUGGAAUUGAUGAGGCUAUGAGCUUUGCAGAGAUGCUUAAAUUAGUCCAAACAAUGGAUUAUUCUGUUAUUGUGUUUGAUACAGCUCCUACUGGUCAUACUCUCCGUCUAUUGCAGUUCCCAGCAACCUUAGAGAAGGGGCUUGCCAAAAUGAUGUCCUUGAGGAAUAAAUUUGGUGGCUUGAUAAGCCAGAUGACUCGAAUGUUCGGUAUGGAUGAUGAUUUUAAUGAGGAUGCAAUUCUAGGAAAGCUGGAGGGCAUGAAAGAUGUGAUUGAACAAGUAAACCAGCAGUUCAAGGAUCCGGACUUGACGACCUUUGUUUGUGUUUGCAUUCCGGAAUUCCUCUCUCUCUAUGAAACAGAGAGACUGGUGCAGGAACUCACAAAAUUUGAGAUAGAUACUCACAACAUCAUCAUUAACCAAGUACUUCAUGAAGAUGAUGAAGCUGUCCAGUCUAAGUUGCUCAAAGCUAGAAUGCGGAUGCAACAGAAGUACCUUGAUCAGUUUUACAUGCUAUAUGAUGAUUUUAACAUUACUAAGCUACCAUUGCUUCCAGACGAGGUUUGUGGCAUUGAAGCGCUGAAAGCAUUUUCUCAACAUUUUCUGAUGCCAUAUCAACCUUCCGUCAGUAAAGGCACGGUGGAAGAGCUGGAGAGGCGAGUAUCGGUACUGAGGACCCAAUUGAAUGAGGCUGAAGAAGAGCUGGACAGACUAAGAAAAGGAAAGGAAAAGGCCUGAGCCUGAUAGAGCAGGAAGAAAGAGGUGGCAUGUUUCAUUCUCAGUGGACAGAGCAGAAAAUUCGAUUAUUCGGUCAACUAAUUCUAUCGGGCCAACCAUAAUCACAUUCCUGAAAGAUUUUUCUUCUUUCCUUUUUUUUUUUUUUUUUUUGGAUGAAUGUGGUAAUUUUUAUAAUAACCACAAAUGUUUUAUAUUUAUCAGCUAUCUGAUAAAUAUUAUCUAAUGACCUUGUAAGUACAGUUUAUUUCAGAUUCUUUAAUUA